CGCGCUGGGACUUGAGUGUUUGUGUUUUGGUUCGCGGCGGAGCCGGCGGCUAGCUUGAAGGGAGGAGGCAGAGGAGGGAGGAGGAGGAAGAUUUAGUCGGAACUCGAGCGCCGGCGGCGGUGAAGGAGGAGAAAGGAAAGAGGAAGGCGGAGCGGAGAGAGGCGGAGACGGAGCCGGACGGGGGCGGCACCACGGCACGAUCCCCGCACGGUCCAGUCUGAGGGGAGCGGCCUGAGGAGGAGACGCGCCGCCACCGUUUAAGCCACCGCCACAGCUUCAGCCUCUUCUCGGGCUACGCCUGGGACUUGCUGCCGGGAGGCUCUAACCCCGCGGCUCCGCGUGCUGCGGUCUCAGGUUUCUCUACAUCUAGAAAGAAAAAAAUUGACACCUUGCAUCCUGGAAGUUCAUUUAAGAGACUGAAAUUAGGGACUUCUUUCAAAUUUGGACAUGGCUAAUCGAGGAGCAACAAGACCCAACGGGCCAAAUACUGGAAAUAAAAUAUGCCAGUUCAAACUAGUACUUCUGGGAGAGUCUGCUGUUGGGAAAUCAAGCCUAGUGCUUCGUUUUGUGAAGGGCCAAUUUCAUGAAUUUCAAGAGAGUACCAUAGGGGCUGCUUUUCUAACCCAGACUGUGUGUCUUGAUGACACAACAGUAAAGUUUGAAAUAUGGGAUACAGCUGGUCAAGAACGAUACCAUAGCCUAGCACCAAUGUACUACAGAGGAGCACAAGCAGCCAUAGUUGUAUAUGAUAUCACAAACGAGGAGUCCUUUGCCAGAGCCAAAAACUGGGUUAAAGAACUUCAGAGGCAAGCCAGUCCUAACAUUGUAAUAGCUUUAUCAGGAAACAAGGCUGACCUUGCAAAUAAAAGAGCUGUUGAUUUCCAGGAAGCACAGUCCUAUGCAGAUGACAACAGUUUAUUAUUCAUGGAGACGUCAGCCAAAACAUCGAUGAAUGUAAAUGAAAUAUUCAUGGCAAUAGCUAAAAAGUUGCCAAAGAAUGAACCACAGAAUCCAGGAGCAAAUUCUGCAAGAGGAAGAGGAGUAGACCUUACUGAACCCACACAGCCAACCAGGAGUCAGUGUUGUAGUAACUAAACCUCCAGUUUGAACUUGCUGGAAUUUUCUUCUGCUUCCUAAAUGUUAAUGACAGUGGAAUUGGAGCAUUUAACCAGCCCAGUAUGACUUCCAAAAAGAAGAGACUUAUGAUAGAGUCAAGUUUCUAAUACAGAAUUAUUUUAAGUGUUUUGAACUUAAUUUUUAAUAACAUGCAUGUGACCCUCUGACUAAUGUUUCAGAAGUAGAAGGGGGGAAUGAGAGGUGUGUGUGUACGCUUGUUUCCUUGGACGGUUAGGGAAUCAUUUCUCGUCACCAGGGAUAGAGUCAAAGGAUGAUGUAAACCCACAGUUAACCAGCCACUUCUAUGUAAAAGAUUUGGAACUUAUUAAUUUGGGCUUUUCAAAAACAGUCUUUUUUUAGAAGGAGGUUCUAAAAAUAUUUAUGCUUAGCUACCGUAUUCAGGCAACUGGUAAUUUCUUAGUAUGCAUAUUUAAAAUGUACAUUCCACAUUUUAACAAAUUAACCACAAGAAAACAGUCCCACAUCUUCGGGGGGAAAAACAUGAAUAUUAGUGGUAUCUAAAGUAUAGCCAGUCUUGAUAUUUUUAGUGGGGUUAAAAAAAAGUCAAAUGUAACCUCAUCUUGUUUUAAGAAUAUGAAAACUGAUAAAUGCAUCUUAAUGGAUAGUGUUCCCUUCAAACAUGUGAGCUCUUCAACAGAAAUGGAACAAACCAGGUGUCUGUGAUUUCUGUUUAAUCACUGCUGGCCAUUACAUAGGUUUUAUUGUUUGGGGGAAGGGAGGGAGCUUUUGUUCCCUUUGGACACAAUAUAGUCAAUGCACUAACAAUUAUGUACAUUCAAACUUGAUUAUUUUAAAUUCGAUCUUCAGCUGUACUGUAAAUAGGGUACUGCACUGUAGUCUCCAUAUAUGUUUAUUACUUUCCUGUAAUAUUUAAGAAUUACUUAAAAGUAUACAAAAUGUACAGUUACUAAAACAGCUAAUUUUUCCUUCUCUCUCCCUUUGAAAGGAAGGGGCUUCUGUUGUUCCUACAUGGCUUAGAACCAUAAUAAACAAUGUACCAGUAAUUUGUAACAUAAGUAUUGCAGUAUGUUAGUAACAAUCUUGCAGGCUUGUUUUCCAAAGUUCAUUUUAUUUUGAUCAGUUCAGUAUAUUGCACUAAUUGUUUUAGGUAUUUUCAUUAUAUGAAAUCUACCAUGUGUCAGAGAUGAUUUAAUCUAUUUAAGUGUUGAACUGCUAGCAGAACUUGUACAUUUACAGUAAUUCAGAAUUAGUAAGGAAAACAGUUCACCAGUGUUUAGUUUUAUAUUGAGGUGCUCAGGUUGGAAUAAAGUGGUAUAAAAAAGCAAGUACUUGUUUUUCUCUUUUUUGGCAUGGAACAGUGAAUAUAUAUAUAUAUAUAUAUAUAUAAAUGGUAUUAUGUAACCUAAAAUAUGCUUUUAUAGUUUCUUUAAUACAUUCUUAAAAAUUAUUUAUGUGGUAUUGAAGUAUUAUCCUAAUAUCUGGUUCUUUGAAGAAUUGUCUUUACAUUUUUAUACCCUUGAUAAUCGGAACUUUAUCUUUUGUCAGUCAGAAACUGAUACUCAGUUCCCUUGAGAAGUAUUACCAUGACUGUAAUGUUGUCUCUGGAGCCAGCCACUAAAGCAGCACUUACAAGUUCAUGGCUAAUAUACUUGGCUGCACCUUCAUAGAAACGUUGAGUGCGUGAUUCUUUUUCACUUGAAUUUUUGGACACAUCAUCUACACUGGUUGGUCCAUUGAUUUCUUUCUCACCGUAAAGAUCAUGAUUACUCAUUUCUGGUGGAAAUGUUUGUUCAUUUUUAGGGUUAGAACAUGUUGAAUCAAACAAAUCUUCCUUUGAAUUUAUAGUUGAUACACAUUCUGUAGAUUCAGGUUUAUACUGAAACAAUAUAUGGAUAUUAUUUUCUGAUACAGAAUUGCUUGGUUCAUAGAUUAGGAAAGGCUCUUUGGAUGGUAAAGAUUGAUUUUUUGUGUUAGAAUAAUAGGCUUCUUUAUAUACUUGAAAUAUUGUCAUUGCCAGUGCAGUGACUUCCUUUGUAUCCAAAACUUCCCAGAGUCCAUUAGUAGCUAAGAUAAGGAAUUGGCAUAAGUCAUCAAUAGGGACAGAGAUAGUUUGAGGUGCUGGUAUAAUAGAUUUUUUCAGUUUGAGAUUUCCAUGAAAUCCAAGUCCUCGUGUGGUUUUUAUUUGCCCUUCUAGGAGCCCAUAUGGUUCAUUUGAACUGAUCAUUGCUCCAUUCUGAAGUAGUCUUCUUCUUUCGGUUAUGUUUCGCGUAGUGUGUUCUUUGGUUAUGCAAAAGCCUCUUCCAUUUCUGCAUAAGAUUGCUUGUACAUUACCUAGAAGAUUAUGAGAAAAAAAUUGAUCUUAGAAAUUUAACAGCCAAUUGUAUCAAAAUAUGCUGUUAAUUUUAUUCUGUGUUUCAGUGCAUAAGUAGAAAGGCCAUUUUAAAAUAUUUUUUACAUAACGUGAAAUACUGAUAAUAUUAGGUGACUUAUGGUAAUUAACAUUUGGAACUGAGAGGCCAGUUUAUCCCUAAUUUUUAAGUAACUUAGUGUUUAAAAUACUGCACUUAAUAUUAAAAUAACUAAAACUACAAAUACAAAAUAACCAUUAAUUUUUUUAUGAAACAGCUUCUGAAUAUUUUAUAGAGCCAAGAGUUGAACUUUUUUAUGAUCAACAUAUAUUCUAUAGAGUAGACAUUUUUUAAAUGUUUAAACAAAUGCCUUUUUAAUUAAAAACACAGCAUUGAUUUUUUUUUUUUUUUAAAGUGGAGUUUGAUAGUUUUGUACCUGGUAAAACUUAAAACUUAAGCACAUUAUAGGUGUGGGCAAUGAAGAAAAUUAUAAUGCCACUGUUAAUGUCAGUCUUACUAGUUUCAUGUUGUGUGGUUAAAAAGAAAUUAAGUCAAUUAGCCCUGUAAA